UAUAAGAAAGUUAUACAAGAAUUAAAUAAAUUAUUAAAAGGACUUGGCUAUAAUUUUACUAAAGAUGUUCAAGAAGAUAAUUAAGAAAAUAAUUAAAACGAUUAAAUUACUUCGAAAAUUAAUCAAAGAAAAUUCAAAAAAGGCGGUUUCCAAUUUGAUUGGUUCGCUGUUGGGUUGACAUUUUGUUGAUGAAUUUAAAUGAAAACAAGUCAAUAAUAAAAUUGAUAUGAUGGUAAACUUUUUUUGUUGUGUUGUUAUUAAUUGUUAGUGUUUGUUUUUUUUCUUAUUUAUUUAUUUUUUUUGUCAUUCCUUAAUUGGUCACUCGAUUGAAGGAUUCACCAUAAUAUGCCAGAGUAUGAAAAAGUCAACGAGAAAGCUGCUUCCGAUUGGGCUGCCACGGUGGAUGAUAAUUGUAUCACUUGGGAUCAUAUUUUGAAAGCAUAUCGACUUCAUCUGAAAUCUUGUUCUGUUAAAUCUAAUCCUUGCAAGCGAAACUGUAGUAAUAACCCAAAGUGCAUCAGUGGUUUAGGGGAGAAUCGUUUACUCAACACUAAGGAAGGCACCAAUAUUAAUUUGGAGGAUGAGGAAAGACGAGAACCAGGAUCUUUCGCUGGCUUGAAGAAUCUUGGAGCUACUUGUUAUGUCAAUAGUCAGUUGCAGGUUUGGUACCACAAUCCGUUCUUAAGGGAAGCCAUUUAUAAAUGGAAACCCGAUGACGACGAAAAGGAGAUUUCGGCUCAACUCAACAGAGCAGUUUCACUGACUGAUCUUUCCUCAGGGACCCAGUUCAAUCCCGUCUCUCCUGUCGGACAAUUACAAUUAAUAUUUGCGCGAUUACAGUUUAGUGCAAGACGCUAUGUCGAUCCAACCCAAUUUGUAAAUAGUCUACAACUUGAUGUUUCACAACAACAAGAUGCUCAAGAGUUUAGUAAACUUUUUCUAACUCUUCUUGAAGACGAUCUCUCCUCACAAAAGGACCAAAAAGUUAAAAAUAUCGUUCAAACGCAAUAUUGUGGCGAAUAUGAAUAUGUGACUAGAUGCAGCAAUUGUGGAACCGAGUCAUUCUCACCGUCAAAAUUUUAUGAACUAAGUCUUAACAUUAGAGGACAUAAAGAUAUUCACCAGUGUUUAGAUGAAUUCUUUUCGCCUGAGAUUCUGGAAGGAAGCAAUCAAUACUAUUGUAAUAUUUGUGAAAGCAAGCAGAACGUGAUCAGAACCAUUAGAUUGCGAAAGUGUCCACCUUACCUGAAUCUUCAGCUUCUUAGGUUUAUCUAUGAUCGUCAGAAAAAUUGUAGACGGAAGCUCAAUUCAUCUAUUAACUUUCCUCUCACUUUAGAUAUGAAGAAAUAUUUCCAAGAAAGUGUAUCGGUUGAUUGUACUGAAUACAAUUUAGUUGCUGUUCUGGUACAUAAAGGACAAUCGGCACAUUCAGGUCACUACAUAGCCCAUAUUAAAGAUCGUGAAACAGGCGAUUGGUACAAAUUCAACGAUGAAUUUGUUGAAAAAACGCAAGGAAAUGUAAUUAAAUUAUGUACUGAUAAUUCAAAAGAAUCUCCACCGAAAUUAUCGUCAGCAGUUUCCUUGCCGCUUGGAGAGAUCAAACCUUCAGCAUUUAAUGUGACAACUCCAUUUACGACAGGACCAAAUGCACCCCCAUUGUCAUCGUCUUCAUCCUCACCACCACCACCAACAUCAUCAUCAGUACCACAAACAUCAAACAAAACAACUAAGAAAGAGUCAACAAAAUUCAGCAAAGGCUCAUACAUGUUGGUUUAUAAAAGUUCAGUUCUUGACGAUAAAAAAUUACCUUCAGAUAGCUCAGUUCAAUGGGAUAUUCCUGAAUACUUACAAACAAUUGUGGUCGAGGAAAAUAGUAUAUUUGAAGACCACCUUGAAAUCAAAAGGAAAGAGAGAGAUCAGCGAUUAGCACUGAACAGAGAGAAACAGGAAGAGAUGUUAUCCAUCUACAAGAAACUUAUGCUUACUGAUAACGAAGAAUCUUUUGAAUGGAUAAGCAAGAAUUGGCUUAAAGAUUGGCUUCACAGCGACUUUGAGAGUCCGAUCCUCCACUGGACAAUUCCAAUGCCCUUUGUCCCCAUAAUAAGUACUUAUCUUUUCAAUCAUUCACCUUCUCAUCUUUUCAUCAACUCCCUUUCCUUCAACAAUAACACUCAUUUUAUUCAUGAAAGAACUUUCAUCUUGAUGAGAAUGAAAAUGAUGGAGAAAAAAAUCCAACUUGUUAUAAAAAAGCAGCAAAUGAACUUUGAUGAUAACCUUACAUAGUCAAUUCUAAAUUGACUAUGUUAUUAUUUCCAUUGUUAUCAUCAUGAUUAUUAUUGCAACAUUGUCUUUUCUAUAUAAUUUGAUGGCUAUCCUUAAAAGCUG